CGGCCGGAGUCCGGGAGCGGAGCGGAGCGGAGCGGCCAUGUCGGGCGCGGGGGGCGCGGCGGGCUCGGCCCGCAAGCGGCUGCUGAAGGAGGAGGACAUGACCAAGGUGGAGUUCGAGACCAGCGAGGAGGUGGACGUGACCCCCACCUUCGACACCAUGGGGCUGCGCGAGGACCUGCUGCGCGGCAUCUACGCCUACGGUUUUGAGAAACCAUCAGCUAUUCAGCAGAGAGCGAUCAAGCAGAUUAUCAAAGGAAGAGAUGUGAUUGCACAGUCACAAUCUGGAACAGGCAAAACAGCAACAUUUUGCAUCUCUGUUCUACAGUGUUUGGAUAUUCAGGUCCGUGAAACCCAGGCAUUGAUUUUAGCACCAACUAGGGAGUUGGCAGUACAGAUUCAAAAGGGCCUUCUUGCUCUUGGUGACUACAUGAAUGUGCAGUGUCAUGCCUGUAUUGGAGGCACAAACGUUGGUGAAGAUAUCCGAAAAUUGGAUUACGGACAGCAUGUUGUUGCUGGCACACCAGGCCGUGUGUUUGAUAUGAUUCGUCGUCGAAGUUUAAGGACUCGUGCUAUCAAAAUGUUGGUUUUGGAUGAAGCUGAUGAGAUGCUCAAUAAAGGUUUUAAAGAACAGAUUUAUGAUGUGUACAGAUACCUGCCCCCAGCUACUCAGGUGGUUCUGAUCAGCGCUACCUUGCCUCACGAAAUCCUGGAGAUGACCAAUAAAUUUAUGACUGACCCAAUCCGCAUCUUGGUUAAACGUGAUGAAUUGACUCUGGAAGGAAUCAAACAGUUUUUUGUGGCCGUGGAAAGGGAAGAAUGGAAGUUUGAUACGCUGUGCGAUCUGUACGACACACUCACUAUCACGCAGGCUGUCAUCUUCUGUAACACCAAGAGGAAGGUUGACUGGCUAACGGAGAAGAUGAGAGAAGCCAACUUCACCGUGUCAUCAAUGCAUGGUGAUAUGCCACAGAAGGAGAGAGAAUCCAUCAUGAAAGAGUUCAGAUCCGGGGCAAGCCGUGUGCUUAUUUCUACAGAUGUUUGGGCCAGGGGCUUGGACGUUCCUCAGGUGUCCCUGAUCAUUAACUACGACUUGCCCAACAACAGAGAACUGUAUAUACACAGAAUUGGUAGAUCAGGUCGGUAUGGCCGAAAAGGUGUUGCCAUCAACUUUGUAAAGAAUGAUGACAUCCGUAUCCUGCGUGAUAUUGAACAGUACUACUCUACCCAGAUUGAUGAGAUGCCCAUGAAUGUUGCUGAUCUUAUUUAAAGAAGCAAGACCUGCUGAAGGCCAGUAGAAGGGGAAGGGGAGAGCUCCAUUUUAGACUUUACAAGGAGUCAGUCGUAUGUGCUAUUUUUAUUUAACCGUGACAUUUGUGAUGUCCCUUAGAGGAACACUGCCCCUUGCUUGAUGUAAUCUGCAAAUUAGGAUGUGUAAAUAAUGUGUCCACGGCCAUUCUACCUUUUUUCAAUUAAAAUUUUACCACAAACUCUCUCUCUGCUCACUUUAACUCUAAGAUGGUAACUAGCAAAACUAGGUCCAAAGAGGUGUCUUACCGUUGGAUGCAGUGUUAUGAAAUGGCAAUAGACAUCAAAUGUACUUAAGCCCCUCAAAAACAUAACAUGCAAACCUCCCACUCACAUUUAUUGCAGUUGAAACAUUCCUGUAAGUGCCCUGUUGGUUUGGGUAAGGAAAGGAAGUCAGCAUGAGUCUGAACUCUUCCACUCUUGGGAAGCAGGUCGUACUAGUUAGUAAGAUAAGUUCAUGGUGGCUCAGUGCAUAAGCUGUUUGCUUUUAUACCAGACCCAGUGUGGGGACUCCCCUGUCUCAGUGAGGUUAGGGUUAUCCGAAGUGGCAUUUCACCCUGGCUGUGUGGGAGUUAAAGAUUUUUAAUAGCAUAGGGGGUUAGGUGAAUGUCUUGCUGUCCCCAACCACUGGGUUCUCUUGCAGUGUUUACUCUGACAGACCUUAUUCAUGGGGUUGUUGAAAGCAGCAGGGUAGAGCACAAGAACAGGAGCUGAUCAGCACUUAAUCUGACAUUUGCUGAAGCCUCUGCAAACCUGUAAGUGCCUGAUUUAUUCUUUGAAUAUACUUUUUAAAAAAGACAGUCACAGAAACCUAAUUGGGUAGAGUGAAGGUUGGUUCUAUCAGUAACAAAGUAAAGGCCAAGAAUGUUGGAUUACAGUAGCUACAGAGGGCUCUAGUUCUUUUGCUGCACAGUUCCUCUUCAUUCAGCUGAAAAGAAAGGUCUCUGAUAAUUUUCAGGAGCUCCCAUCUUCUAACAAACAUGGAUGGGGCUGAAACUUGGCCACUAAUCAUCCCCAGUCUUGGUAGGAGUUGCAGAACUGGCAGCCCCACCCAUCACAAGAUGGCUGGUGCCUACUGAAUGAGGCAAGAGUCCCUCAAGAAAGAUGGACACAUUU